GGGGACGCAUAGUUUGCGUAACCAUAUAUGGCUCUGCAUUGCCCGGUUUAUAAUUUUCGGACGCCGCCGUGUUUGAAAAUAUCCGGCGUUGAUUACGCGAAAACGGCUAUGUUUUAGGCCUGCCCAGUUACACAAAAAUGGCCAACGAAAGCUCAGUUGUUGGUGGUUCCUCAAUGGUGAACGGUUUCAACGCCAACGAAACCCUGAGCUGUCGAGGAUACCCGAAGCAAAGGAUUUGUCUUGUGGGCUCACUCAAGGAUAACGAAAGCGUUGUGCAAGCAGCGAAGUGCCAGGGUCUGCCAGUGGUGUACAGCGAAUCAGGAGAAGAGUUCGCUGGGGACCGAGGCACAGUUUUCGUCGUCGAAAACUUUGAAGGACCCCUGUUCGAACAAUUGAAGCAGCGCUCGCUUGUGCUAGGCCCUCUCGUCCUUCUCCAGUGUGCUGAAAGAAGCAUACCUUUUCCCGACAAGGGCCGGCCCAUCUAUAACCUUGCCAUGGAUGGCUUGGUCAUCGUCUUUACAGGCUUCAAGUCUCGUUCAGAACUGUGUGAGCUGCUCCUGCUGUCACACUACAUGGGAGCCAGUGUGCGAGACAAGUUCUCCAGCAGGACGGUAACACACUGUGUGGCAGACUGUGUGACCAGUGCCAAGUAUGAGCUGUCUGAUGCCCUCGACAUUCCCAUCAUGAAGAAAGAGUGGCUACUUGAAGCAUGGGCACACCGCAAUGAGAAGGACUUUUCAGUUACUUCAGAGUCCAUGAUGAAGCUUCGCCUGGAAGCCUUCAGGAAUCUCCAGCUGGCCUUUCUUGGUUUUGCUGAUGAUGAGCGUCAACACAUGGAGGAAGUGGCCCUCGCAAAUGGUGCUCAGGUGGUUGAGCCAACAGACCCUGGUUGCAAUUUCCUCGUCGUUGACGACUCCAAUCCUGUGGCACCUGUAGUGCCUUCAGAUAUCAGCCACAAGGCGCACGUAGUCAAGUCUGAGUGGUUUUGGGCGAGUAUUCAACAUGCCCGGUGUUUCAUGGCUGGAGGGUACUAUUAUGAGCACGCUCCUGUGGCAGCUGCAACUCCAUUGCGGUCCUCAACUGGUGCCCCGCGUUCGGAGAGCAAGCGGCGCAAACUGCGCGAGAGUCUUGCCCAGCAGCUGGCCCAGGAAGCUGAGCAGAGUGUGCUUGUAGACCCCUUCUCUCCGGAGAGCCCCCGGCACCGCCGGCGGGUUUCAGCCAACAAGUCUAUCACAAUUCUUGACAUCACCCUCUCUCCUGACAAGCAACUCUCCACAGUUCUUGACACAGAAGGCCAAGAAAACAAAGAGCCAUCUGACCUGACCCGCAUGUCCAAACGGCAGCAGGUCUGUUUGGAGCUACUGCAGACCGAGACCAACUACGUUGCCAUUCUGCACUCCAUUCUCACGCUGUUCAAGGCCCCCCUGGAGGACCCAAGCAGUAUGCCAGGGGAGCCGCUGCUGGAUCCUGCUGAGGUGCGACUAAUUUUUGGCCACCUUCCUCCCAUCUACGAGGUGCACCGCAGCCUACAGCUCCAGCUGCAGGCAAUGCUGCGCACCUGGACUGACGAUCACUCGAUAGGCGAAGCAGUGUUGAAGCACCGCGAGGCGUUUGAGAAGGCCUACCCACCCUUCGUCAACUCCUUCGAACGAGCCAAGGAAACCCUCUCCCAGUGUGAUCGGCAGCGGCCUAGGUUUCACGCCUUCCUCAAGAGGUGUCAGACCAAGCCUGAGUGUGGCCGGCAGACCCUGGCAGAACUGAUGAUUCGCCCCAUUCAGAGGCUGGGAAGCAUGAUCCUGCUGCUGAAAGAAAUUCAGAAGCGGACGCCCAAAGCUAACAAGGACUUUCAGGAACUGGAAAGAGCCGUGGCGGCCCUCAAUCAAAUUAUGCUAAACAUCAAUGAAGGAAAACGCAAGACUGAGAGCCAAGUGGCUAUGUUUGACAUAUUCAACGACAUUGAGAAGUGCCCGCCCAAUAUCUUGUCUGGCCACCGGUACUUCGUGACUAAUCUUGAUGUAGUGGAGUUGGGAGAAGGGGGCCUAAGCCGCAAAGGGGAUGCGGUCUCCCUGUUCCUCUUCUCCGACAUCUUGGAAGUGUGUCGACGUCGGAGCCGAGCGAUGCUGACAUCCCGCAGCCCAGCCACACUGGGCCGUUCGGGCCUUCCCAAGACGUACAAGCACAUCGUCAUGAUCCACCUGUAUGACGUGAAGCGGGUAGUCGAGCUCAUGCCCACCGAGGACAUUGAUGUGAGAGAUGCAUUUGGCCUGGUGCUGCGGCUGCCUUCAGAACCAUGUGAAAACCUGUAUACUUUUGUGGCGGAGCAGUCUGCACCCUGGAGGGAUUUCUUGAGCAUCCUGUGCCAGCACAUGGGAAAGGUGUACAGUGUUCCAGACCAUACUGCAUUCAUGAAGCAGAUGUCUGUACAAGAGCUUGGUUUGGACCCCAGUUCCCUCCAGACGACACUGGCAAAAGCACUCAAGUAUGCCGCCAAGAAAGGAGAGAAGCUGUCACGUGCCCUGUCCAUCACAAAGCGAGCAGCAACACCACGACAUCGGCUGAGCCGUGCAGUCUCCACGUUUAUCAGCCCUCUAAAGUCAGUAGGAAACCAGUCCUCGCCAUUUCAUGGCAUGCGGCUAGCAUCAAGUUCGAACCUCAAUGAUGAUGCCGACGACUCUCCAUGCAGUAGUCCACAACGCAGUGGCCCGAAAUCGCGAGUGCAAAGUGGAUCCUACGGUCCAUCUUCAUCAAAACGGGCUUGAAGCUAGCGUAGCUUACUGACAAAAUUUUUUAAAAUCUUUUAUUUAUAAAAACUUUUAUGUUGUUUUACAUAAAAGUAACUGUGGCCAUUCAUUUUGCUCUCUGAUGUGCCUUCUAGGCUGCUGGGCCAGGGGUGUGCAUUAUUAUUCAUUGAAAUCUGUGCUUCGAAGCUGGACAGUCACUUGACCCCACUGGUACAAUAACUGCAGUGGAACGUGUUGACGGCUUUUCCGUGUAGAUAUGGAAGGGUAAUCUGCAAUUUUGACGGCGAAAGAUCCACUGCACUCCGAGAAACAAACCUGUAGAAACGAGACGUCGAGCAACAGCUCCCAGCAGAUUAAAUGCCAUGCCAAAGUGUGCUGCAUGCCCUCUGGUGUAAGCUGUAUACACGCAUAAAACUUUGUUUUGCUCGCAUUGCAAUUUCUAUAAAUUUUUUAAUUUCAGUGCGCCUUUUAUCAAAAAGUAUCAAAUCAAUUCUGAUAACUUUUCAUGCAUAAGCUACAACAAGUUGCAAACUAUCUGAACUAAAAAAAUUGCUGAUUUUGUAAAAAGUGAAGCUGUAAAAAAAAAAAAAGCAUUGCACAGCAAGAUGCACCCUUUGUGGCCUUGUGAAUGCAUUUUUUUUUCUUUCUUUGCAGUAACUCUUUGAAGGAUGUCCUAUUUUUUUUAGUUCAGAUAUAACUUACACGUAUAUAUAAUAACAUGGCUUAAUAUCAUUACAUUUAUGUUGGUGGUUGUAGAGUUAGAGGUACAUUGAAUAAGUGAACCCACUUUAAAAUUUGGGUGUGAGCCAUGGAAAGGAUAGGCAACGCAGGCAUAAAAAAGGGUGUGGGUGGGUUAUCAUGAAAUACCCAGUAGCAUUCUUCGUGAGCAUGUGAAAUUUCAUGUGAAUACUUGCAGCCGCUUCUAAAAUAUGUUAAAACUGACAUAUACCUCUUACCCUACCAUGCCCGCCUUAAUGUGAUUAGCAUUAUGUUGAAAGAUUACUUUCAUAUUUUUUUCCUUGCAUUUUUUUUCCUUGCAGUAUUUUUCUGUCUAGUUUUUCACAUGGCCAUAGACCUAAACUAUGUACCACUACUCAUAGCUAAGUAAAUCCUGCAAUAAACAAAGGUAACACCG